UCUUCUUCGCAAUCGACAACUCCUGCGUGUGUUAUAGUUAACAACAAAAAUUGUCAGUUUUGCCAUUUCGGUAAAGGGAAACUACUCUAUGCAUUUUUUGAGUCGGCUAAACGCUGAAAGCGUUUGAUGAGUCCUUGCUAGCUAUCGCCCGAUUUCUCAUUCUCAUUAAAUGACCAACAACAUAGUGCAUUGAUGUAGUUCCAUUAGAUUGUCUCUAAUUUCAAAGAGUUCAUUGAUCGGAUGAAGUUCAGUUAUGUCAAUCCCAUUUGAUAUGACCAAUAUACGAUGUAAUUUGUCAAAUUUAUAAAGUGUAAUUGUGCAAUACACAAUAAAGUCACAUAUUUUCUUCCACGGUAACUCAUUAUGCAUAAACAUGAAUAACGAUUCUGCGGGAUUUGGUAAUACUAGUUUGCGCAUAUGGUAAUGGUGAUUAAUUUUAUGCCCUUAUGUCACAAAUUCAAAUAAAAAUUGCAUAUUGAUUUAUUAGCCAAAUUAUCCAUUUGUUACCCUGCCCGUUUCAAAAAGUAAUCUUUAAAAUCAUUGCGCAAAUAACAAAUUUAUUGCUGUGCAUUUCAUGAAUUGCGCAGACUUACCAGCGAAAGACAAAAUAUAGUUCCGGAACAUACUGCUAGUAUUUUAUUGAGUCGGGUACCUCUGAAAGCAUUGGAAUGUCUCUUAUCAAAGAGUUUACCACAUCGAUGAAAUUAUAUUUUGACAGCUUCAUUUUAAAUGACCCGAAUAAGAUAUGUGCAGUUUGUUAAUUCUUCUGCAAGACCUCGCAGAUGAAUCCUGAUUACAUUCUGGGCACUUGUCGGCGAACACACGUGACCUGUUUAUAACAACGCAUUGUCUGUAGUUUCUACGAAUUUGCGUUUGAAAAUACGGACUUCAGUUUACCAAAAAAAUACUACGAAGAUCGGCCAGAUAAAAAUGAUAAAAAAUUGCGAGUGGCGUAAACUUCAAUGUCAGAUACUGCCAAUUUCUGCUAAACUGUGUUCGUAUCAUCACAAUUUGUAAAACAUAUUGUUGAAACUGGAGAUUUGGGCGGUAUUUAGAAAAGUGUAAUCGUAUCUGGAUAUAAUAUUUUUGGAUAAAUAUCAAGCUGUGUUAUGAAAUUUUAACAUUCAAGUAACAGACAUGAUAGAUAAUAUUGUAACAGAAAUGAUUCUAGAAUUUAUUUUUAUAACACAUACAUAGAAUCUAUAUCAGACUUAUAUUCUAGAGUCCUGAGGCAUGACCGGAAAGUAAAGAUAUGAAGUGACAGUCAUUCAUACUUUGGAUAUUGUAACACUAAAAAGAAUCUAGGUAAUAUUUAGAAGUUGAAACAUAUAAUUUUCAGUUAGGAAAUGCACCAAAGGCUGUAUCAGGGGUCUACAUUUUCAAAAUUUUCAUGUGGUGAUACUCCAAACCCUACUUGCAGGAGGGGGUAUCCUCCCACACCCUCCCCCCAUAAUGCCACUUUACAGUUUGAUACAUUUGCCCUUUUACCAGCUGCCACAAUGCCCAUUUCAAAAUCUGACUGCAAUUCAAAGCAGGAAGGAACACCCCUCCCCACACUCACCCUGCUUCUAACCGACCACGUAAAAAUGGCUCAAACAUUUUUCAGCCCAGUCUGGGCCUGUCUGUCUGGAUAAUUGAAAGUGUAGUGCACAGACUUUGGGACUACUGACAUGGUUUUGAAGGGGUUAACAGGUCUGAAAUAGAAUAAAUGAUGGUUUAACUAAAAAAGAACUGCAUUUAUUAAUAUCGGUUAUCUUUUUCGAAAUUGGUAGCUAGUCCGAGUAACUUCUCUUAGUUUCGAAUGCGCAAUUCUUUUUCGUUUAAGAAUUUCGUUCAGGCUUACCUGAGAUUCGGUUGCGCAUGCGCAGAUCACUUUUCCGGUUGCAAUUCUGCAAGAAACACGCCUCGUAGUUUAAGAUUUUUUAAUCGGUCGUAGAUCGAUUUCAUCGAAGAAUUUAUUGAAAAUUUCAUUCUAGUUUGUUUGAUUAGUUAUUGACACAAAUUUGUAUGCACAUAGUGCAUAUCUAGUAAAUUUAAUUUAGUGAAACGAGGCGAAUUUUAGGUCGCACGUGGUGUGAUUUUUUCACUUCCGUCGUAAUGGCGGAUGCUAGUAAAGAAUCGAGAGAUACAACUUCGAAGAAAGUUGUGGAAUCAGGUGAAAAAGUUAAAGAAAAAGUGAAUAAAGGCAAAGCGCUGGCGAAAGCUCCUAAAAAGGUUGAGGAAAAAGCCAGCUCGUCGAGUAUGGUUAAAUCUGCCGAGGACAAGAUUCUUAACUUGUUGGAAGUUAUGAAAAGUUCGUUCGAUAAACAAAUGAAAGAUCAGAAUGAGAAAAUUCAAGAGUUAGCGAGUAAAGUGGAAAAUUAUGAACAGUUGUAUGACGACUAUGAGAAUUUUGAUGAUGACGAGGAGUCAUUUGAUGAUAGAUCUAGUGAACGUCAGGAUUCUGAUGAACAGAAAAAGAGAAAAAGUGACGAGGAUGAGAAUAAUAAUAAUAGGUUUAAAGACAUGGCAAAACGAUUUAAGAGUACAGAAACUUGUGAUGUUAAUGUUGAUUCGGUUCUGGCAUCUACAGGGAAUGAAUUGUUUCUGAAUGGGCUCGAUGAAGAGCAUUACAAUAAACUCACGAAAGAUGACCUUAAUGCAAGGCCAGAAAAUUGUGACGCUUUAACUGUGGUUAAAAUGAAUCAGUUAAUUUGGGACGCAGUCUCGCCAAAUGCACGUACAUCUGAUAGGAAACUUCAGCAUAUUGAAGAAUCUAUAGUGAAGAGUGGCACUGUUUUGGUGAAAGCGGUGAAUUAGCUGGCUCAGAUUGAAUCAGAGCAUUCUGAUGUACAGUUAGGAACAGUGAUUGAUCAGUGUAAUGAUGUGCUCGCCUUGCUUGGGCAUGCGAACAAACAGGUGAACCUGACUAGAAAGGAUUUUUUACGUCCGGAAAUGAGCAAGGAGUAUACUCAUUUGUGUAGCCAGUCCCGACCGUUUACGAAAUUCUUAUUUGGGGAUGAUGUCUCUAAAUCAGCCAAAGAGCUUGAAGACUGCUCAAAAAUCAGUAAUAGGAUGUUUGAUCGCCGCCCUUACAGAGGUGGACCAACACGUAGACUCAUGAAUCGAGGGUUCCGGUUCAGGGGUGGAUAUGGCCGUGGCAUGCGACCAAGAGGCCGGGGCAUGUUUGACCCUGGUACACCUGCAGUUGAAUCAAAAAACUACCAGAGACGGGGGUCUCGGAUGCCAUUAAAGCAGUAAAACAGUUUGUUAGGAAGAUACGUGCAGAAAAUGAGAAGAGACAUGGCCAAGGGCAUCAUCAUAGCGCCACUGUGGCCGACUCAGCCUUGGUUUCCGAGACUUAUGGAAAUAUUGGUGGAGACACAAGUCAUUGUUCGCAAGAAAAAAGGUCUACUGAAACUACCGAAUCAAGAGGUAACACAUCCCCUGGAAGGAAAACUCAGACUGAUUGCUUGCAAAGUGUCAGGAACAGUUUCAGACAACGUGGCUUUUCAGAAGACUCUACCAAAAUUUUCAUGCUCUCCUGGAAAUCAGGAACAAAAAAGCAGUAUAACACACACAUUAACAGGUGGUUUCGCUACUGUACUGAAAGAAAAAUUUCUCCAAUUUCGCCAACUUUGGAAACGGUAAUUGAAUUUUUCACUGAACAGUUUAAUAAAGGUCUAGGCUAUGAAAGCCUUAAUACAGCACGUGGAGCACUUUCUGCUCUGGGACUUAAUUUUGAGGUUUUCGAGUUGGUAACCACCCAUUGGUCAUUAGAUACAUGAAAGGUGUAUUUGCAGCAAGACCAUCACAACCGCGUUAUGCUGCUGUUUGGGAUGUGAAUAAAGUGUUGGUUUAUUUAAAGACAUUUUCACCGGUAAAACAUCUUUCGUUAAAAAACCUUACACUUAAGCUGGUGAUGCUCAUGGCUCUGACUCAGGCUGCACGCGUACAGACGUUACAGUUAAUUUGUUAUAACAGUUACAAAAAGUUAAAAACCGAGUUUGUGUUCAAGUUUGAUGGUAUGUUGAAACAGAAUAGGCCAGGAUGUAAUAUAGUUUUUAUUUCUUUUAAGGCCUAUUCUCCAGAUAGGAGGCUUUGUAUUUAUACUGUGUUGAAGGAAUAUUUAGCACGCACGCAUGUCAUACGGAAUGACAGAAAUUCUAAUAGACUGUUACUCAGUUAUGUUAAACCAUAUAAUAAUGUUACAAGAGACACAAUUUCCAGAUGGAUCAAAACUAUUAUGUGUAGAUCUGGGAUAGACACUAAAGUAUUCGGCUCUCAUAGUGUUAGAGCAGAAUCAACAUCUAAAGCCAAGGCUUCAGGAGUACCUAUUGGGACAAUUUUAGAAAAAGCUGGUUGGUCUACAGAAAGUACCUUUGCACAGUUUUAUGAUAGGAAAAUAAAUACAGGCAGAGAUCAAUUUCAGGAAGGUGUGUUGCGGCACUAGGUGUUUUUUCACAUUAGGCUUCAAAGUCUCAGGUAAGCCUGAACGAAAUUCUUAAACGAAAAAGAAUUUAAAAAAUUAAACGAGACUUACCUUGGUAAAAGUCGAAGUUUGAUUUCAAUUCUUUGAGUAAGAAUUGAGUGAGGGCUUAACUGCCGCCCUCCCACCCGACAGUGUGUUGUUGAUUAGAAAUUAAUUGCUGCAUGUUUUUAUUAACUAAUGGGAAAAAACACAAUUUUAAGUGUGAUCUGCGCAUGCGCAACCGAAUCUCAG